AUGUCUUCGCGUACUUCGCAAAGGGAUUCAAGUAAUGCAAGUCAUGGCAGCACUCGAUCGACCAGAUCUCAGACCAAAGCCACGCCACCGAAGAGGGAGUCGAGUCCCACCUCUCAGACGUCCCGCUCUUCCCGUCGACGACCGGACAAGUCGUCCGACAAACCCAUGGAUUCCUCCCAAAGAAGUACCAGAAGUUUGAGAUCCAAUCCAAUCAACGAAAUGCCUGAGAGUGUCGGCCAAAGACAGGACGCGAGCGACGGACCGAUGAGUGGCGGCGACGCCAACGGCUCUCAACCGCCGUCUCAGACCAGAAGCGCGACUCCCAUGAGAGGCAGUUCCAGUCGCGGACUCUUCGGCGACGCCAUUAAUCUCAGUUCUCCUCUUCAUUACGGCUCCACUGAAUUCAGCCAAUCGUCGGUCACUUCUGUGCGAAACGCGGCGAAGAAACGGUUUGACAUAUCGAGCGAUUCCCGUCUCGUCCGGCAGAUCAAUGUCGGAGAGACUGACGGUCCGACCGGAGAAGCGGCUGCUGUGGCCACAAGUGAUUCCCACACGAGUACUGCCCCGCAGUUAGUCAUUUGGGGAACUGAUGUGGCUAUCAAUCAAUGCAGAGAAAAGUUUAAACGCUUUCUCAAACACGAAGGCUUUGAGACACAAGGCUUGGACAGCGACGAAGUGGAGGUCGACGUACAGAUGGACACCGACUCUCAAAGCGACGCCCGAAAGGGUUAUUAUAUAAGAAAACUGCACGAAAUGGUGAUAAUUGGCGAACCGUUUCUUAGCAUCAAUUGCGGACAUCUCCACAGUUUUGACGCCACUCUCUAUCGACAACUGGUUUCAUACCCGCAAGAAGUGAUUCCGACGUUUGAUAUGGCGGUCAAUGAAGUGUUUGUCGAACUCUAUCCCGAAGGCAUCGCCGAAAUGGAGCGCAUUUGUGUUCGGCCUUACAAUGUGGUCAAGACAUCGACUUUACGCGAUCUGAAUCCCGAAGACAUAAACCAAUUGAUUACGAUCUCAGGAAUGGUUAUUCGCUGCUCUAAUAUCAUCGCCGAGAUGUGUGUCGCGUACUUCGAGUGCACGGUCUGUAACUUCGGACUCAACGUCGAAGUGGAUCGCGGAUCCAUCGCUGAGCCCCGCGUCUGCAGACAAUGCAACACAAACUUCUCGUUCCGUUUGGUUCACAAUCGCUCGCAAUUCACAGACAAACAGCAAAUCAAACUGCAAGAGUCGCCCGACGACAUGCCCGCCGGUCAGACCCCUUACACUGUUCUGCUGUACGGCUGCUCUGAUUUGGUGGACAGAGUACAGCCCGGAGAGAGAGUGACCGUAACCGGCAUUUAUAGGGCGACACCCAUUCGAGUCCAUCCAAACAAACGUAACGUGAAGUCUGUGUACAGAACACACGUCGAUGUCGUCCACUAUCGCAAAGUGGAGAACAAACGCCUUCACGACGACGGAUAUCAACUGAAACUAUCGAAAGAGCGCAUCGAUAAACUGAUCCAAUUGUCCAAUGAUCCCGAUAUCUACGAACGCUUGGCCUGCGCUCUGGCGCCCAGUAUUUACGAACACUUGGACAUCAAGAAAGGCAUUCUUUUGCAACUCUUCGGCGGCACUCGAAAGGAAUACAACGAGAGUGAGAACAACCCGACCGGCAAAUUGCGGAGCUUUCGAUCGGAACUCAAUAUAUUGCUGUGCGGAGACCCGGGAACCAGUAAAUCACAACUUCUUCAGUACGUCUAUAAUCUGGUGCCGAGAGGGCAGUACACGAGCGGCAAAGGCUCGUCCGCUGUCGGUCUCACCGCUUAUAUAACCAAAGAUCCGGACACAAGACAAAUGGUUUUGCAAACGGGAGCUCUUGUGUUGAGUGACGGCGGCAUCUGUUGUAUCGAUGAAUUUGACAAAAUGUCUGAUUCCACGCGUUCUGUACUCCACGAAGUGAUGGAACAGCAGACCCUCUCCAUCGCGAAGGCGGGCAUUGUUUGCCAAUUGAACGCCAGGACAUCCAUUCUCGCGGCCGCCAAUCCAGUGGAGUCUCAAUGGAAUAAAAACAAAACCAUUACCGAAAACAUUCAAUUGCCGCCAACUUUGAUGUCUCGCUUUGAUUUGAUUUUCCUGUUACUCGACCCGCAGGACGAGGAGUACGACCGCCGACUCGCGCGACAUCUGGUCUCUCUAUACCACAGAUCGCGCGACGACGACGAGCAGGAGUUCCUGGACUUGAGUUUGUUGAAGGACUACAUCGGUUACGCGCGACUCAACUUCCAUCCGGUGCUGUCGGAAGAGGCGUCUCAGGCCUUAAAGCACGCGUACGUAGAGAUGAGGAAAGUUGGGUCCGGAAAGGGACAGAUCAGUGCAUAUCCCCGACAGUUGGAGUCAUUGAUCCGUUUGGCUGAAGCGCACGCGAAGAUGAGUUUCAAGAAUGUUGUGGACGUCUCCGACGUAGAAGAGGCCCGAAGACUGCAUCGCGAGGCCAUUAAACAGUCGGCAACCGAUCCGUUGUCGGGAAAGAUAGACAUUUCGAUUCUGACAACAGGUAUGAGUGCUUCGAGUCGUAAGAAGCGAAACGAGUUGUCCUCCGGAUUGAAACAACUCUUGGAAUCGAUGGGAACAGAGAAGGGCUCACAAACUGAGGCCCAAUUGCAGUACAGUUACCAAACUGUGUUCAAUGAAUUCAAGAACUCAACCACUCUUAUGGUCUCCAGAGAUAUGUUCGACGAUUCACUCAAAGCACUUCAAGACGAGGGCUUUCUUACACUUAUUGGCACUAAAUUCAUCCGAAUUAACACUUAA